UUUCAAGACGAGAUACUUUUGGGACAGCACAAGUCAUUUCCAGAAUAGUUACAUUCCCUAGGAAAUCUGGGUUUUAUACUAUCACUUAAAGGGAAGUAUGCCAUUACUGGUAAAAUCGAACCUUGAAGUGUAUAAAAUUUCAUAAAGUGUUACAUUUUGAAUGCAUAAUUUAAAAUGUGUAAUGAGUUUAGUGAUAAAUGUCUAAUGAUUGAAUCAGUGGUCUGUAUCUAUUCUUGUUCUGUGCGGUUUUCCAUAGUUCGAUUAGUACGCCAUAGUUUUGGGAUUCUUGUUUUAUGCAGGUUUCUUUUAUAUGCUUCAGUGUCUCUCUCUCUCUUUUUUUUUUUUUUUUUUUUUUUUUUUUUUUUUUUGGGUUAUAUGUUUUUUCUUAGUUGCAUAGCAAAACUCUGAAAUUAUUAUAUUUCCAACUGAAAGCAUAAUCCUCUAGUCUUUUUUUUAAAAAAAGUUGUCACUUUUUAUGAAAUUGCCAUUGCCAUUGCAUGAAGCAUUUAGCAUUUCACUUCACUUUACUGUUCUAUUUUCUAAUUUCUAAUCAGUUGGAGUUCUACUACUCAUAGUAAUCUUAGUGUGUUUUCAAAUUUCAUUGUGAUAUGGUUUAAUAUGGAUAAAUAAUUGUUGUACUCUGUUAUGUGUAUGGAUUUUGUCAAUACCAACUAUUUGAGAUUUGUUUAGUUUUGCGACUGCAAGCCUCUAUAUCAACUAGAGGCUGUAAUCCUGAUACUAAUAUACAGUUGUAAAGUCACUUGAUAGGUUUCCCUUACUUGCAAAAUAUCAGUUGUAGUGGAGUCUACAAAAUAAGCCAGUUGCAUCUGUUGCUGCUAUAAUUACAAAAGCCAUAAAAAAUUUAUGAAAAUCCAAUGACAUAAUACAUAAAUAGGCCCUCAAACUUGGCCUCAAAUGACAAGUAUGCCCUCUAACUUUGGGUGUAUACAUUCAAAGUUUUGAGGAGAUAUCAUGAGUCAGAUAGAAAUGUGUUGUUAAAGAGAAUUCGUGAAGCACUUACAAACAAAAAUUACUUAAUUGUCAUGGAUGAUGUGUGGAGCACUGAUGACGGCUGGUGGAAACGGAUCUCAGAAGGACUGCCCAAAUCAGAGAAGCAGAGCAGCUGCGUCAUUAUCACAUCUAGAAACGAAGAUGUUGUUAAGUGAAUGGAAGUCGAGGAAGAACAUAUUCACCGACCCAAGCUGCUUUCCGAGGAAGAGGGCUGGUUGUUAUUUUGCAAGGUUGCAUUCGUGUCAUCCAAGGGAAAAUGCAAGGAUACUGAAUUAGAACGUGUGGGAAAAGACAUACUGAAAAAAUGUGGUCGUCUUCCCCUAGCAUUCAAGACAAUUGGAGGUCUGUUGUCAUCGAAAUCUCAGUUGCUUUCGGUGUGGCAGCCGAUAAGUGAAGAUUUGCCUCAGAUAUUGGCAAACGAAAGCAAGAACCAUGAUUCUUUACUGGCUACCCUGCAGCUAAGUUAUGAUGAGCUUCCUCUCAACCUAAAGCAGUGUAUUCUAUGUUUUGAUUACGAGAUAGAGGUUGAUCAACUGGCAAAUUGGUGGAUUGAAGAAGGAUUCGUUUACAAUACAGGAACAAAAAUUGCAAGAAAAAUGGCUUUUGAAUGUUUAUCAGAAUUGAUAAGUCGAUGCCUGGUUGAAGCGGUGAGGAAAAGAAACUAUGACAGGAGAGUUUACAGUUGCAAGAUGCAUGACAUGAUUCGAGAAAUGAUAAUCAGAAUUGCAAAAGAAGAGAGCUUUUGCAGUUUAGAUGAGAAGAAUGCAAACAUAGCCACAAUCCACUCUCGCUGUUUGGGCGUGACAAAUGAAGCAUUGUUGCUGCCCAUGGAUGGAAACUCAAAGUUAAGGGCACUUCUUCUCACCGAAGCCAAUGCAUUGGCUUCACUAGGCAUGUUGCAUUGGCUCAAGUCAAGUCUCUCCGUGUUUUAGACCUCGCACAUGUCAAGCUUGAGGAGAGUGACCCAUUUUGUGAAGAGGAUAUGUGGCGUUGGAUCACAUCCUUCAAACGCCUAGCUUAUUUGAGUUUUCAAGAUGUGGCAACCUUGACUAAAUUGCCACGAUCCAUAAAACAGUUAUGGGGCCUCCAAAUUUUGGUACUUGGCGAAUACAAGAACCUAAAACAGCUCCCAAGAUCAAUCACUGCUCUUCCAAAGUUGACCGUCUUGGAUGUGGGGAAUUGUACCUCUCUUUCUUAUCUACCACGAGGUCUCUCCAAACUCUCCCAUCUUCAAGAGUUGUAUGGCUUCAAGAUACCUGAUGCAACAAUACCAAAAGCGUGUCACUUGCGUGAUCUUAAGGAUCUGAGAGAACUUCGAGUACUACAAUUGGAUGUCGGAUGGAAGCAUGAUAGAGGAGGAAGAACUAACAGUACUCGAACAAUCAACAGCUCAGGAUGCUAAUUAUUAAUGCUGGUGACCGUCAAGAUGAAAUUUUCUUAGAGAAGCUAGAGAAGUUGUACCUAAGGUACUUCUGUGGAAACACUACCCCAACAUGGAUAGCCCCCAAAUUGCUAGAAACAAGUAAAGAAAGUUAUUUGUUGGUUAAGAAAGUUAUUUCUUAGUCUCUGUAUUUUGAAGAACGAAACCUGAUGCCAGUGUAAUCUUUCUAUUCUACCAAGAGGAAAACAGCAGACAUGGUAAGACCGAAGCUGGUCCUUACUUAGCAACUAUAAAAUUCAACUUGUGAGCAAUCAAUUGUGUCCAACAAUUCUCACUUCCCCUUAGCCAUUUGACUUUGGAAAGAACUUGUGAAAGCAAAGCACAACCUGCAACAAAAAAGAAGUAUCAAAAGUUUAAGUACCACUCAUCACUUGUACCAUGAUUGAAAUUGGAUUCAAGUUGCAGUCUUGUAACUUCACACCAUAUCAAAUAAGUUCAUGUUUUCAAUCAUAUGAAGUCUAUUCUAUUUUUGCUUCUCCAAUACAAAUCACGGUCCUAAGCUCAUCUUAAAAAGUGAAUAAGAACCAGAUCUUUAUCAGACAAAAUCCCUUAUAAUUGUGCAGGAGAAUGGCAACUGACGAC